UUGUCGACCUAGAAAAUGGAUUGUUGACUUACAGGCUUGACCUUGACUUAAUGGUCAUCCACACAGAAGAAUGGACUAACAGAUGAAUUGUGGAGAGACGUCUUCUCACAACAUAUUGUAUACAAGUAGAUAGCAGCAUUAUGAUGCACCAGCAACCACAACCCUAGUCCAUGGCCACAGACAAUGUCUAUAUUCCCUUCUUCUUAUCGGCCUUCAUAUGCAUUCAACUGAUAACACCCAACAUCUGCGACGGAGCUCUAACCUCAGGCUGCAUCCCUGCCGAAAGAAGUGCUCUACUUGAGUUCAAACGAGGCCUGAAAGAUCCUGCCAACAGGCUGUCCUCUUGGGUGGGUGAAGACUGCUGCAAAUGGGAGGGUGUGACUUGCAGCAAUCAUACUGGGUAUGUUGUCAAGCUGGAUCUCCACAAUCCGCAUCCUUUCUCUGAUUUUGGUGACGAGCCACACAACAACUGGAUCUUAGGAGGUGAGUUGAGGCCUUCUUUACUUGGUCUGAAGCACCUAAAGUACCUGGACCUAAGCAUGAACGAUUUUGGAGGCAUUAAUAUUCCAGAAUUCAUGGGGUCAUUCCAUCAACUCCAAUAUCUAAACCUCUCCAGAGCUGGAUUGGGUGGACUCCUGCCUCACCAGCUGGGAAAUCUCUCCAAUCUGCAGUAUCUAGACUUGUCCAAUGAUUUCGUUCCCAAUUCUUUUUCUGUGGUUAAGUUCAAUGAAUUUAGCAUCGGUGAUGCACUCUGGAUUUCUCACCUUUCUUCUCUAAAGCAUCUCAACCUGAAUAGUGUCAACUUUCAAAAUGGUACUCACUGGAUGGAAGCUCUGAACAUGCUUCCUUCUAUCGUGGAGAUAUACUUAUCUGAAUGUGCAAUUGGACGUGUUCCCCUCUCUCUUCCACAUGUGAACUUUACAUCACUGUCUGUUCUUGAUUUGUCAGAAAAUUUCAUUAACUCUACGAUGCCCUCUUGGUUAUCCAACAUAAGUGGCCUUGAGCACCUUGAUCUCAAUGGGAAUUUCCUUCAGGGUAAUAUUCCACCGACCUUUGGUAACUUGGCUUCCCUCAAGGAACUUAAUUUAGCUUACAAUUCUCUUCAAGGAGGAAUACCCACUUCCUUCAAAAAUUUGUGCAAGCUACAGAAUUUAAUAUUGCCAGGCAUCAAUAUCAACCAAGAUUUGUUAGAACUUGAUGAAAUUUUUUCUGGUUGCAUCAAGAUGAGCCUAGUGAUUCUGGACUUAUCCUACACGAAUAUUAGUGGCCAGCUGCCUGAAUGGUUAUUCCAACUCAGGAAGCUUAAAUCACUCCAGUUAUCGCAGAAUCUGAUUUCUGGUCCCAUUCCUGUAUCACUUGGACAACUAGCAUCACUCCAGGAGCUCUCUCUUGAACAAAAUCAGUUGAAUGAAACUAUACCAGAAAGUAUGGGGUGGCUAUCUCAGCUAGUUUCGUUGGAACUUGAGCUUAACUUUUUGGAGGGUGUCAUGUCUGAGGCACAUUUUGCAAACCUCACAAAAUUGAAACACUUAUAUUUGUGGUCCAACUCCUUGACUCUGAAGGUCAAGACUGAUUGGCUUCCUCCUUUCCAGCUUGAAUCCCUUCGGAUAGGCUCUUGCAAACUGGGUCCUGAGUUCCCUACAUGGCUCCAAUCGCAAAUAAAUAUUUCAGAAAUUGAUAUGCCUAAUGCUGGUAUUAUUGAUGCUAUGCCAAAUUGGUUUUGGGGCUUAAUUUCCACAGCAGAGUAUGUGAUUAUCUCCGGCAAUCAGAUCAGUGGCCACGUACCCAAUAUAUUGCAUUUAAACAACCUCAGCUGGUUAGAUUUAAGUUCAAACUACUUCGAGGGUCCCCUUCCAUAUUUUCCUCCUAGAUUGGAAUUAUUAGAUCUGUCAAACAAUUCAUUUUCAGGAACAAUUUCACUUGCCAUCAUCAUGAAUAUGCCUAACCUCCUAUAUUUAUCGCUUUCCGAAAACAAUUUAAGCGGUGAAAUUCCCUUCUCUGUAUGCCAAUUACGGGCCUUGGAGGCUCUUGAUCUUUCAAAAAAUAUGUUGUCAGGAGAGCUCCCCAAUUGCUGGAAUAAUUCUUCUAGAAUUGACGUUAUGGAUUUUUCAAGCAACAAUAUAUCUGGAGUUAUUCCUGAGUCAAUAUGUUCCGUAUCAACACUUCGGUCGUUGCAUUUGAGCAAUAAUAGUCUAUCUGGAGAGUUGCCUUUGUCCUUGAAAGAUUGCAAGGAAUUACUCCUUCUUGAUGCCGGACACAAUGGUUUGAAAGGUGAAAUUCCAACCUGGAUAGGUGAAAGUUUAACUCAUCUAGAGUUCCUCAAACUGCGAUCAAAUAUGUUGGCCGGAGAUAUUCCUCCAAAUCUUUCAAGAUUAAGUGCUCUUCAAAUGCUCGACCUAGCCAAUAAUGAGCUGUCAGGAAAUAUUCCAAGGAGCUUUGGAAAUUUUACUGCCAUGAAAGUUAUUGGAAGGUUUCCAAGUUUGAUCGCAUAUUCAAUUGAAGGUAGUUAUAAGGAACAGAUGCUAGUCACAACUAAAGGAAACACUCUAUACUAUGAUAAGUUACUUUCGCUUAUGAAUAUCUUUGACCUAUCAGAUAAUAACCUAUCUGGAGGAGUACCUGAAGAACUAACAAAUCUUUCUGGCUUGUUUAGCUUAAAUUUAUCUGGAAACCAUUUCACAGGAGAAAUCAUUGAAAAUAUCAGUAAAUUACAACAGUUGGAGUCUCUUGACUUGUCGAGGAACAACUUUUCUGGCACAAUUCCUUCUAACCUCGUUGCCCUGACUUCUUUGGCUUUCUUGAACCUCUCAUACAACAACUUGUCAGGGGAAAUUCCACGUGGUAAUCAACUUUUAACCUUCAAUGAUCCAUCUAUCUAUAUUGGCAAUCCUGGUCUUUGUGGGCUUCCUCUGAAUCAAAGUUGCAAUGUCAGUGAGACAGCACGAGAUCAAAGUAAUCCAGAUGAUAGAGAUGAGAAUGAGAUGAUAUGGUUCUACACGAGCAUGGCACCAGGAUUUGUUGUUGGUUUUUGGGCAAUUUGGGGUGCAUUGCUAUUUAACAAGAAUUGGAAUAUUUACUAUUUUAGAUUUAUAGACAACAUGCUUGACAAAGUUUAUGUGUUCACCAAAAGACGUUGUUGUUCCUAGCAAAAAUAAUAAAUUUGAGCAUUAAUACGAGAGUUCGUCUCAUGAACAUAAUAUCAUUAUCUUGAAUAAAAUUUCUUCUUCUGAAUACUUGUACACAAGUAAGUCAUGCAAUCUCAAUUUCAGAUCUCAGUAUCAUGUGAAGUGAUUUAAUUUUGGGCAUUGCCAGAAAGCUUCCAACUUUUAAUUAGUUUUUCCAAAAUAGACAUCUUUUUUUAAGUUGUUCAGUUUGGCAGAAAUGAAAGGAGGCUAAAACUUACACGAAGAUAUGGAUGGCAUUUAUGGUUUUCUUUUUCUUUCCUUCUCAUUUGGGGUUGAAAACAGAAGUUCAAAAGAUUCCCCUUUUUUUCUCGGCAUUCAUCCUCUAUUUUCCCAAGUUUAUAGUAUCAACUUUUAUCAAAUGCAUUUGCAUGUCUUGUUCUUCCCAACCAUUACACGUCAAGACUGAUACAAUUGAUAUCACAAGUUCUACUGCAAAAGAUUUGGCCACCCUUAUUCGAUUAAUUUGACUCUUAUUGAACUUAUGCACAGGUGUUUUUGUCAUACAUCACUCUUAUUUAUGUAAAUCCAGUGUUAGUAUAUCUGGAAUCAGGUAUAUUAAUUUUGUAAGCUAACAUUUUGUAAAGUGCUAGUAUAUAUGUAAAGUGUCGGAAUUUUGAAAGCUAAAAUUCUAAAUUAUUGAUCAAAAUAUUUAAAUUAAAAUUAUAAUGGUACACCCAUAAAAGUCUUUCUUUGUCUUGUCAACUUUUGGCAUGAAAUUAAUCAGGAUAUUAUAAGUUCCUCACUUAUGGCUUAACUUUCCGUGUCAAGGUCUAACGUAGCCCAGAUCUAAUUCUAAUAUGAUGCAUGUGAGACGUUGCCCAAUGGUAGCUUUGUACCAUGACGAAUCCUCUGAAUCCAUCUACCGAUAGCUAUUUCCUAUUCGAGCCCUCUUAUUAUGCUCCAAUUAUAGGUUGGUUUUAAUAUCAUUUAUCGAUUUAUGCAUAUCAUCCUUUCAUAGGAGUUAUAUUUUCUUUAUAUCAUUCUAAUUUUAUCGAAUAUUUCUAAGAUAUGUUGAAUCUUAACAAAGAUGUCAAACAAUUAAGUAUAGGAGUAUGUAACAUCCCAUUAGUCUAAUAUCACAAGUAAAUAAAACUCACAAGUAAAUAACACUAAGAUAAACAUAUAGAGGUUUAAUGAACAUACUAUUAUUAACUUUACUUUAAACACUUUAACCAGUCGUUUGAAUUUCUCUAUAUGCAUGAUCUGACUUAUCAACAUGAGAUUAUCAUGUUUUUUUAUAUUUCAUGAGUUAAGUUAGUAAGUUCUUCGUGAUUAAAAAAACAGAAAAUUGAGUUUAACAGAGUUCUAGAAUGUAUGGACAUGAGAAAAGAGGAAUGGUGGCAACAGAUUCUGAUCACAACCUACGAUUCAGAGAUGAUGCAACCUUGCCGUCGCAUUAGUAGAUGAGCAACUUGCUUUUGUUUGCAAUGGUCAGUCUUCCUUGAUCUUUCAAUUGAAAAGUAUUAGGAAGCAACUUGGCUCUGUUAAAGUGUCCCUUCGUCUUGUUCUGCUUAGUUGCAUUAUCAUGUCAAUUUCCAGGAGAGUUUCCCAGCAACUACUGACAGCUGUCUUUUUGGUGGCCACAAAUCUUGUCUUUCUCUUAUUCGUAUUAAUUAUGGUUGUCUGACAGCUACUAAUUUCUCCUAUUUAGCAGUUCCCAGGAAAUUCUCAGAACCUUCACAUUCGAGAAGAUGCUCCAGUCAUUUAAAACUCUUGUUAGGGUUCUUGAAGAGUUUUCUUUAGAUGAAAGCUAUUCCAACUUUGGGACCAUCAAGAUCAGGCAUCAUGGUUGACUGACUUGAGGAUAGACAACAAUAUGAAAUGAGGAGCAAAUACAUGAUAUUGACAGAUAACCUAACAGUUGAAGGUUUCUUGGUCUACGCUCUUAUCCCAUUUAAUGUUUAUUGGAAGUAGAGAUCCAACUGAUGGAUUGAAACAUGUCUUUGAUAGCUCUCUAUGCACUCUUCUCACAACCCACAAGAUUGUGGUAGUUGGUUUUCUUAUAAGGUGUAUGUACUGAUACAAUUGGUAUUUGGAAUCUUUGUAUGGUAAUGGAGGUUUUGUGUA